GAGAAUAAUACUGACCGUGAGAGGAAGAAAUGUCUCAACGCUUCAAAAAACUCACAGGGCUCGUGGCAGCUACAUUCACUCCACUCACUGCAGAAGGGGAGAUCAACCUGUCUGUAAUUGCAGCGUACGUCGAUUACCUAAUAGAGAAACAGAAUGUCAAGAGUGUGUUUGUUAAUGGCACAACAGGUGAAGGCUGUUCUCUGACUGUAGACGAAAGGAAGCAGCUUGCUGCAGCUUGGUGCCAACAUGGAAAGGGCAAGCUUGAGCAAGUGAUUGUCCAUGUUGGCUGCAUGAGUAUAAAAGACUCUCAAGAACUGGCUCGGCAUGCAGCCAGUAUAGGGGCUGAUGGCAUAUCAGUAAUAUCUCCAUCCUAUUUUAAACCCAUCAAUGCAGACGCAUUGAGGUUGUUCAUAAAGGAAGUGAGUGCCUCUGCUCCAGAUCUUCCUAUGUAUUAUUAUCAUCUUCCAGGCAUGACCGGUGUUGCAUUAGAGGCAGCUGAUGUGCUGAAUGGAAUCGAGAGGGAGAUUCCAUCAUUUCAGGGAGUGAAAUACAGCGGGACGGAUCUGAGGGAUCUCGGACAGUGUGUUUGUUACAGUCAGUCGCGUGACUGGUCUGUCCUGUAUGGAGUAGAUGAGCAGCUCUUGGGUGCUUUGGUGCUUGGUGUUCACGGAGCAGUGGGGAGCACAUAUAACUACCUCGGACACAUAGUGAACCAGAUGCUUUCUGCUUUUAAUAACGGCAACCACACGCAGACCAGAGCCCUGCAGUUUGGAUUUAUGGAAGUCAUCACAUUUGCCAGGACUCUUGGUUUUGAUGUGUCUGUGAAUAAGCAGGUGAUGAGUGAAGUAUCAGGGUUACCAAUGGGUCCUCCUCGACUUCCAUUACUGCCAUGUCCUGUCUCAAAAGCCCAAGCUAUAGCACAGAAAAUCCACAACUUCACUCAGGGACUUUAAAAUGAAUGUAGAGAUUUCAGUAAAUCUAACUGAAAUUCCAAACAAAUAAUCUGUACUGUUUCUUUACACUACAGGAUGUUGAUGUACUGUAUAUUUUAUGUUUGCAUGCUUUUAUACUUUAUAUUUUCCUGUUUUUUUAUUGUUAACCCAUUUAGCCUUUCUUAGCAUUUUCUAUCUGUAAUUAAUAACAAUAAAUGAAAAUAACAUUGUCAAUGAACCUACUUAAAUUACCUAGCAGUUACUAUUAUUCCUCACUGUUACUGAUAUCUUUUCUCUGUUGUCAUCAUUUUCUAUAAGUUUAUGGGAUUUCUGUGUUUUAAUUGUUUGUGUCUUAUUGCACAAUGUAGCUUAAUGCACACACAUACUAUAUGUCUUUACAAUAUACUUUUGGUUUUGUAUUGUUCAGUACAGUAUUGAUUACACUUUGGCUGUUGAUACAAUUGUUAUUAAUUCAGGCUGCUGAGAAAAUGGUUGCAGGGUCAGCCAUGAUACCAUUGUGUUCUUUUGUGACAAGUGGCUUUUUUACACCAAUUGCACUGCAUGUAAUGUACAACAAAAAUCAGUUUUAUCAGUGUUUUAUGCUCCAUUUCAAAAGCGAUAUGUGUAUCAGGUUCUUCGUAGUAGACACUGUGGUCUAUGCUUAAUAUUUCUAAAAAAUCUUAUGUUUGCAAAGAACCAUUUAAAAAGGGACAUUUUUAUUAAUGCUGUAUUCAUUGAAUAAAACUAAAUGCAAGUCUUUC